UUUCACCACGAGGAGCACAUAGUCAUACCGUACGAUGAGCUGGAGUACCUGGCAAUUCCCUACGACUGGGCUGCCGUCAGCAACAGCACCGACCGCUUCAGCGACCCCUUCGGCAUCAAACUGUCUGAGAACAGUAUUCCCGAUGUUAUUCACGAGCGAGCGUUUGCGGUCAAAGCGCGGCGGAGCAAGAAGAUUAAAAUCAUGGCAAAAGUCCUGCACAAGAAGAUACGCUAUCUAGUAGGCACCAGCAUGGCAAGAGACUUACUCGCACAGUGUGGCAUGUACAUACUAUGGCAUCAUGUUGUAGGGGAUGGUACGGUUAUGUGUUAG